AAAUCCAAAUACAAAACCCAAGUUAUCUUGUCUGAUAUAUAUAUACAGCUAUUAUUGUAUUUAAGAAAGUUUUUGCUGCAUUUUCAGAGAGAGAGAGAGAGGAAAUGGAGAUCAAUAUCAGAAUUAGCAGAUGAUUUGGAGAUUCAAACCCUAGUUCUUUCCACUUUUAUCGAUAUUCAAUCUCUUUGUAUUUUAGUUUUUUUCCUGCUUAAUUUUAAUUUUCGCUACGUAUUUUUCAUUUGAUUGAUAUCAGCUGGAUAUUCAAUCUUCGAUCGGUUCGAUUCUCUGAUCGGUCGGCGUGAGAGUUUCAGAUCGGAGACGAAAGCUCUGUAUAAAUCUCUAGAAAAUUCUAGAGAAAAAAAUGCCGUCGCAUGGAGAUCUAGAUCGGCAAAUCGCACAAUUGAUGGAGUGCAAGCCGCUAUCAGAAGCGGAGGUGAAAACGCUGUGUGAUCAAGCGAGGGCUAUACUUGUAGAGGAAUGGAAUGUUCAGCCGGUGAAAUGUCCGGUGACUGUUUGCGGCGAUAUUCAUGGACAGUUUUACGAUCUCAUUGAGCUCUUUCGGAUUGGCGGCAACGCUCCUGAUACUAAUUAUCUCUUCAUGGGCGAUUAUGUUGACCGUGGAUACUAUUCAGUGGAGACUGUCACACUUUUGGUUGCUCUCAAAGUCCGUUAUAGAGACAGAAUCACAAUUCUUAGGGGAAAUCAUGAAAGCCGGCAAAUCACUCAAGUGUAUGGGUUUUACGAUGAAUGCUUGAGGAAAUAUGGCAAUGCGAACAUUUGGAAGUAUUUCACUGAUCUUUUUGAUUAUCUACCACUGACAGCACUUAUUGAGAGUCAGAUAUUCUGUUUGCAUGGAGGACUCUCACCUUCUCUGGAUACACUGGAUAAUAUCCGAUCGCUGGACCGCAUACAAGAGGUUCCACAUGAAGGGCCAAUGUGUGAUCUUUUGUGGUCUGAUCCAGAUGAUCGGUGUGGUUGGGGAAUAUCACCUCGAGGGGCUGGUUACACCUUUGGACAGGAUAUAGCAUCUCAAUUCAAUCACACCAAUGGUCUCACACUGAUUUCUAGAGCUCAUCAGCUAGUCAUGGAGGGUUUUAAUUGGUGUCAGGAUAAGAAUGUUGUGACAGUAUUUAGUGCUCCAAACUAUUGUUACCGGUGUGGUAAUAUGGCUGCCAUCCUAGAAAUAGGCGAAAACAUGGAGCAGAAUUUCCUUCAGUUUGACCCAGCUCCUCGGCAGAUAGAGCCUGACACCACACGGAAGACUCCAGAUUACUUUUUGUGAUCCCAAUACUUGCACUGAUUGCCUGCAGGUAUGUUUAACAAGACGAGUUUUGCUGGUUGAGUGUUCUCGGCAUCAUUCUUUUGUUUGGAGCUUGACUACCUAUGCCAGAUGCUCAUCAGAGUUGACAAAACGCCUUAAUUGGCUUUUCAUGUAUAUUUUCCCAAAAGGAAUCAACAUGCUCUGUAAUUUUGAAAUUUACCGUAAAAAGCAGGGGGGUUUCUCCCAAAGUUGAAGUACCAACUCGUAGGCAUUUGUUCGUACCUUUAGUCUUCUGUAGUCGUUUUAGACACAAGAUACUUUUCACUUGGUUUCUAUUAGGAUCAUGUUUUAAAUUUAUUCUAAUGAUUACUUUCCAAA